CAGGCAUUCCGCAGUCGGUGCCGUGCAAGGUGUAAGUGAGCAGGCAGUGCCUCAUUUACCUAAGAAUUGACAACGCAGAGGACACAAACUGACAAUGUCUCUGUUUUCGUAUAUAACUCAAACAUGUCCUUCUCAUUAUUUUCCAUUUUGAAGAUGCCCAACUAGUUGUUCCAAGCUGUUCAGAUCUAUUUGAUCAGUGGUCCCAACUGCCAUCCCCUCUUUUUAACCCUUUGGAUCGUUUUCUUUGGGCCCAGUCAAGGCUCUCGUCCAAUAUGCUCGCCAGCUCCAUCCUCGUCCUGGCUACAGCCGGGUCUUUGACCAUGGCAUCGCCAGUCAAUACCUCUCCGCGGGCUGCUUCCCCAUCCAGCGUCGAACUGGAGAGCAGGCAAGCCAACCUUCGGUCCCGGACCGCCCUCGAGGGCAUGCAGGAAUGGUACCGCUCCAACACGGGGCUUUGGGACACUGCAGGCUGGUGGCAGAGUGGCAACCUCCUGACUUCCCUGGGCGACUUUGCUCUGGCCGGGCUGCAGUCCAACGUGCAGUACCGGACAAUCUUUGAGAACACCUUCUCCCGUGCCCAGACCAACGGUGCUCGCGUGGUCAAGGAGCGCGGCGACGACAACGACGUCUUCUCCAUGGCCAGGUCGACUUACACGUCCUUCCCUGGCUCUUCGACCUCUCUCAACCACCGCGCCCCUUCAGAGAUCUUUGUGUCGGUCGAGCGCCGCGCCGCGAUGGGCCACAGCGACCCCCACGCCUUGGUUGCCGAGGCCGAGCGCGGCUUCAAGGGUUUCAUCAACGAGUACUACGACGACGAGGGCUGGUGGGCGUUGGCCCUCUUCAAGGCCCACGACCUCGGCUACGGGCCCCAGUACAUCAACAUGGCCAACAGCAUCCUCGAGGACAUGCAGCGCGGCAAGUCGCCCUGCGGCGGCAUCUUCUGGAGCAAGACGAGCGCGUACACCAACGCCAUCGCCAAUGAGCUGUUCCUCUUUGUUGCGGCGUCCCUGGCGAACCGGAUCCCCACGUACAAGGACCACUACCUGGGCAUCGCCAAGACGCAGUGGGAGUGGUUCAAGAACAGCGGCAUGAUCAACGACAAGAAGCUCGUCAACGACGGCCUCUACGACUGGAACGACAGCAACACCGCCCGCCGCUGCAAGAACAACGGCCAGGCCACCUGGUCGUACAACCAGGGCGUCCUCAUCGGCGCCCUCGUCGAGCUCUCAAAGGCCACGGGCGACUCGAGCGUCAUCCGCGACUACGCAAAGCCCAUUGCCCGCGCCACCAUGGCCAACCUCUCGCCCAACGGCGUCCUCAACGACCCUUGCGACCCGUCCAACAUGUGCGGAGGCGAUGGCGCCCAGUUCAAGGGCGUCUUCAUGCGCAACCUCCGGUACCUGCACAAGAUGUACCCAGAGCAGGACUUUGCCGACUACAUCCGCCGCCAGAGCGACUCGAUCUGGAACAACUCGCGCAGCGGCAACAAGUUUGGCCUCCGCUGGGCCGGGCCUUACGUCGAGUCCAACGCCGUCACCAACGGCAUCGCGCUCGACGCGUUUACCGCCGCCGAGUCGCUCUGAAAUAUUUAAUUUUAUUCGGGGAUCACACACACGCACACACACACACACACGCUCUCUCUCUCCCCCUAUCUCGCUUCAACUUUGUUGUCGAGCCUGGGAUUUGAAUCUCGGUGCAGAGUGGUGAUCUUCUCUGGACAAAUAAUUUUGCCCCCAACCCGUACAUAUAUGUAUAUAUCUUUCUGUUGGUAAAUAACUACCCACCAAUUCGGCCACAGGCAUGCAAAGAAAUGGAAAUCAGUCACUUGUGAAGGGGGG